UGAAAAGUCAAAACAAAACAGAAUUCACGUGGCUUUUGGUGUUUUUGCAAAUAAACUCCUCCAGAAAUCAUGGGAAAACAGAAAUUAGGCAAGAGGAAGCAUUCUAAAUUGGUGAAGACGGUUGAGAAGACCGAAGAGGAGAAUGUGCUGCCGGAAACAAGAAAGUCAGACGAGCCUAUUCCCAAAAAAGACCGCUGGAUAAAUCGGCAACGCGUCCUGGUACUUGCAGCGCGUGGAAUUAAUCACAGAGAUCGUCAUUUAAUGAGGGAUAUCAAGACCUUGAUGCCUCACCAUCGGGAAGAGUCCAAAAUGGAACGUACAAAGACCCUGAGAGUGAUCAAUGAGAUGUGCACAAUGAAGCACUGCAAUAAAGCGAUUCUGUUCGAGGGACGUCGCAAGAUGGAUCUGUACAUGUGGAUGGCGAAUGUGCCUGAAGGGCCCAGUGUGAAAUUCUUCGUGGAGAACGUGCAUACAAUGGGUGAACUGAAGAUGACAGGCAAUUGCCUGAGAGGAUCCCGCCCCUUGCUCUCAUUUGAUCCCAGUUUCAGUCAACUUCCUCAUCUCAAGCUCCUCAGGGAGCUCCUGAUGCAAAUCUUCGGAGUGCCUAAUUACCACCCCAAGAGCCAACCCUUCAUCGACCAUGUUUACACAUUUGCCUACCUGGACAAGAGGAUCUGGUUCAGGAAUUUUCAGAUCCUCUCAGAAGAUGGUGCUCUUGUGGAAAUAGGGCCACGUUUUGUGCUCAAUCCUGUCAAGAUUUUCGAGGGAUCCUUCGGGGGCGAAGCACUAUGGGAAAAUCCAGACUAUGUAAGUCCAGCCAGGUAUCGGCAAAUGAUGAGGAAGCAGGCAAGUACAAGAUACGAAAAUCGAGUGGGACAGAAACUCUCCCGAGAAGCCAAGAAAUCAGAUGCCACUUACCCAACUGACGAAACAAACGAAGUAUACUGCCUGAAUCCCACGAAGAAAGCCACAAAGAUCGCUGCGCAGGAACAAGAAUCCUCCGAUAGUUCAGACGAAGACGAAGAUGAUGAAGUCAAUGGGAAUGAUUCAGAUGAAGUGGAAAAUGAUGAAUCUUCAGACCAAGAAGACUCUGAUUAACACUUUUAUUUGUAAGUAAAAUUUAUUAUGAAAUAAAAUAAUAAAACAUUCUACGAUUUGUAUUUUAAAA